AUGGGAUCGGCAUCCUUUCCGACCCUGGAUGCGCUUCACUUCCCCUCUGCCCGACAAUCCAUUUCGCAGACACUGUCCUCCCUGCGUCGCUCGGCUCUGUCGGUCUCCAACCGGCUCCGGUCAAUUGAGGCGGAUGCGGAAUUUGUGCGAGAAGCUGCAGACCAUUAUGGUUUACCGCUGGUUGCCAAUGAGCGUUGUGGCAGCUGGUAUAUCUCGCCUGAUGUCAAGACAGGCAGUGCUUAUUUCAAGAGCACAGAUGGCCACACCGGCCAAUGGGACUUUAGCCUUCGUAGGCUGAACCUGCAGCUUCUCCCGCUGGCGAGGGAGCAUGGGGGGUGUGUGAUUGUCGACUCGACCCGCCGAGGUAAAUUGAUGCCAGACGCCCUAUCCAAGACAAUUCCGAUCUGGUGCGCCGUGAUCAACCGUUCUCUCUUCCCGACAGAGACAGAUUUUCAUCCCGUGCAACUGCCGCCCAACUUCCUCGGCGAAUCCGAGGAAUCACAGAUUGAAAGCCGCAUCGAUGGAUUCGUAUCGUCGCUGAAGAGCCUUAAGCUCGACCUAGAUCAGCUGCGGCAGCAGCUUGGGAAGCCUAUUCGUAUUGCAUGGGCCAAUCGCACGUAUUUCUAUCCGACAGAUCUAUGCAAGAACGAUGCAUAUACUCUUUUUGUCCUGUGCUCUGCCUCAAGACGUGUCCAUGGUGCCGAGAUGUCUGAGGGUGGAUACAUCCAGGGUGCUGGUGAUGACAGCGAGGGCUGGGCGCAUGGUCUAACACCCCCGGUCUUUUGGGCGAAUCAAGCUGUUCUGCAGCAAACUCCUGAAGAAGACCUCCCGGGUCUCAUUUCUGAGCUGGUCAAGCAAAAUCAAAAACAGAGUGAAGGACAGAGUGCAACAAGGAUUUCUCCAACUCACAACCUUUUCAUCGGUCAGACGGACGCAGUUGUGAGCGACAGCGGUCAAUAUGAUCUGAUCAUUGAUUGCAACGGAAGUCCUGCCGCUGCGGAAGGCCAUACGAAGCGAUUGAACCUAGGCUGCGGGUCAUUGAAGCUGGGCAGUCGGGAUUUACGCAAAGCUCUUGAUAAAGUCAAAGAGUUUGUCAGCGCACAACUAGAAGCUAACACGUCACGCUCACUACUAGUGACCUGCGAGACUGGGAAAGAUCUGUCUGCGGGAGCGCUAUUGGCAAUUAUUUGCUUAUUCUACAAGGACGACGGGACGUUCGAUGUCUCACAGAGCAAGAACCCGAUCGGCAAGCAAUUUAUCCGACAGCGUCUCGCGUGGAUCGUUUCGUCGAAACAUGACGUGAAUCCGUCUCGCUCGACACUUCAAUCAGUGAACGCCUUUCUGAUGUCCUGA